AUGGAACGCGCCAGCGCCCUCAUGUGCCUCGGCCUCCUCGUGGUGCUGCCCGUCGUUCUCUUCGUCUCCGCCGGUGUCGAAGAACCGCCCUCGUGGGGUGAUCUUCAGAGACCUUCUUCAUCCUACACUGGCGAAUGGGCAGACGAAAUGGCCUGGCUCUACAUGGACCUCAGCUACGGGGACAUCUUCAUCGGCGACUUCUUCCUCGGCCUCCUCUUCGGCGUGUCCUCCUUCAUCCUUGUGCAGUUCGUCGACGUGGUCUUCUUCAUCUCCGAUGCCUUCCUCUUCUUCUUUGCCUACGACGUGUACACCACCGGCAUCGGUGACCUUUGUGCUGGACUACAAGAUGAGGAAGCUGUGGCUGCUGCUCUCACGGAAGACCUGGAUACAGAGAAUUUCUCAACUGGCCUCUCCCCGAUCCCUGAGGACCUGCCCUUGCCUUAUCUCAAGCCGACACCUAUGGUGGAAACGACUUCAGAAAAGGAGCUCAACUGGUAUGCAGCACUUCAUGACACCCGUGAACUUCGUGGUAUCAGACGCCUCGAGACCAAACAUCGGGUAACAUCAAUGUCAACAGAUCUUGAUGGUCGCAACACUCCGUCGACCCUUGGAUCUGGGACUACUGCGACAUCCUCCUCUUCUACUUCUUCCAUGGUUGGUGGUGGGAAUGUCCUAGACAAUGAUGGUGGUCGGGCUCCUUCAUCCUCAAGCUCCUCUACGUACAAUGGUCAGCUUGGCUCGGAAACUCCCUCCAGUGACCCUUGGCAGCCUUGCGAAUGGCCGUUGGAACCUGGUGUGCAUCAAGACGGAGGCCUCACAACACGUGGUGGACGAACCCGGAUGGGGAGAGACAGAUGGCACCAUGAAGAUGGCUCGGUUCGCUAUCGCCUUCGUGAACGACUUGCUGCCGAUGUCACUGGUGAUGACGAUCACGUUGGGUCGUCAUUGUCCUCGUCCGACUCGUCUUCUAUCUUGGUCCCUCAGGUCGCGCCUUUCACUAUCCAAGGUCACACCAUGAGCAACACUGGCAACUGGUCGCUACAGGCCACCACCUUCUAUGGGGAGACUUUUAGUGUGCACUCUGACAAGCCUCCGGGUGGUGAAGCCUCCACGACUGCAGGUAGCUCAAGCGUGGAAGACUCUGAGCACAGCUCCACGUCCACAUCCGAAGACAACCAAAUUGGAGUGGGGUUUUGGCGUCACGGUGUGUGGAUCAACCGCCCUCGCACACCACAAGAGCUUCGUCAACAUGUUGGUGGGGCAGGCGCCAAGCGCUUGGCUAGGAGACAAAACCGAGUCUCUACUUACCUUCGGGGUGAAUGGAUUCCUGCGUGGUUGCGAGACUACAAGCAGCAGAAAGCUGAUCGUGACCUGCUGAAGGCCGAAGGAGCAUGUCAGACUCCUUCUGUACCUGAUCUGUCUGUGACAACACCCGGCAACCACGAGGUUGUUCAAGUCACCGAGGAGCCCUCGCCCAAUACGUUGAACGAUGAUGGGACCCAGCAGUGUUCUUCUGCUUUUUCAUCGAACCCGGAACAUGGCUCACAACAAUGGUGGUGGCAGUGGAAUGCGACUGGUUCAUGGACGUGGACGAGCUCGUGGGACUGGUCACAACAGUGGGGUGACUCUUCGUGGAUAUGGUCCUCCUCCUCUUCCACUACAAGUUCAACCUUUGUGGUCAUUCCCAAUGCUGGCCUCUUCCCUGAUGUCACUCCUGCUCCACCACCACCUGUUCCUCCUGGAGACUGGAUGAUGAGCAUCACCAAUAGUGAAGAAGCCACUCUCCUUGAAGCAGGAAUUCCUCGUGGACAGGUGGAUCGGGUGGCUGCACUCCUUGCGUCUCUUGACCGUCACCAAGCUCAAGGUUCAGGUCCUGAAAGUCGUUGGGCCAUUGCGUGUCUUGUCCGAAGGAUUGAUGAAGGCCAAGAGGCCCUGGAUCGAGUUCGAGAUGUGCUAGCUCGUCGCCUCGUUCCUCGUGGUUUCCUCCCAGUGCGCCGUAUACCAGCACAGGAGUUCGAAAGAUGGCGCUUCUUCAAUUGGGCUCGGGGACACACUGAUCUUCUACAGCAGAUCUUUCAGCAUCACUUAGAUGUGCGACUCCAACCUCGCGAAUCUGGUCCGAGCCCCCAGUUUCUGCCUGAAAGUCCGCAGAGUCUUGUUCACUCUGCUGAACUUGAUGGGUCCACAGAAGAGGCGGGCCCAACCAGAGCUUCUUCCCCCUCGGCAUCUGCUCACUCUGGUGCACCGUUGGAGUCUUCGGAUGAAAGUGGACCUGUGCAGCCAUCCAUGGACAGCGAAUGGGCCUACAAUUCCCAGGGCGAGCUGGUCUACGUUCCUCCUGCCUCGGUUGGUGGCUCCCCUCGUGGACCUCCGCCACCUCUACCAGUCAACAUGCCACCUCGUGCUGUGCAGGGUGAUGUUGCCAGCUCGUCUUCGUCAAAUGAGUCGGCUCAUCCUUCGCUACCUCCGGCCCCUACUGAACUACUUGGCAUUUGGAGAGAACCGGAGACGACAACUUCGACCAGUACCUCCUCCAUAGUGUCCAGCACAACAAUGACAUCGACAAUGCAGCUUGACGAUCAAGGGGUGAAUUUCUCUGUGGACUUGCCCUAUGCUCUGUGGUGUCCGUCCUUGUGGGUUGUGCAAGAUGACUGGCUCCUGGGUGAAGGAUGUAUGGAUUGCUUUGGUACGACUACGACGACUACUACCUGGACUGACAAGUGGAGACCUAUGUUGACCAGUACUUCCACGACCUCAUCCUUGCCCUGGCCCUCGGAUAUCGUAAGGGAUGAGGUCUCCAGACAAGCCAUCCAUGGUGGUCAAGCUGACAUCAUUGAUCUGAUCCGUCGCUUGCUUGAUCGGCAAAGAAGACUUCGACAUGUCGAUCGCCUAUUAAGUGAUGCCAUUGAGGAGGCUCUACAGUGGGUUCAUCUGCCCCUCGUUGCAGUGCCGCUCAAUUCUGGGACUAUGGAGGGCCAUAUCUGGAGGACUGUCUCUCAACAGGCCUCUUUUGGUUCAGCUCCUUCUGAGACGACACCGUCACAGGUUGCUUCUUCACCGGCCAUUCUCCUUCAGCCGGGUUUUCCACGGACAGUUGAAGAGAUCGUGUAUGCACUGGGUGAUGACUACUCUGAGCCUAGCCGGUUUGCUCAUCUUCGUCGUCGCGCUUGGCGAGUACAUGUACACAACAUCAUACAAGCAGCCGAUGGGGUCCUUCCCGGUCGUGACCAAGGCCCAGAUCCAGAUCUCUAUUUGGUGCAGCUCAAUGAGGACAUACCGAUUCCAAACUGGCCUGUGGAUGAUGAUGCACAUCGACCAGAGAUCCCAUGGCACAGAUUGUCGGUUGAUGGACUUCGUAGACGGGGUCGUGCUCGACGUCCUCCUCCUCGUUUUCUUGGUCCUGAUCGUGCCCUCUCUGUCGAUUCAGAAGAAGUUCAUGGCAGAGUGACUGAUGUUCCUCGUCAUGCUGCUGCUCAUCCCCCUUCCGUUGAUUCUGCCGUUGUUCGUGAGGAAGAGUUUUACGAACCACUUCAUGCUGCUGAUGACUCGGAUGACUCAGGAACUCAUGGAAGAAGGGAGCGAAGCAGAAGCAGAGAUGGAGAUGAAUGA